AUGCAGAAGCUGGCCAAGCGAGCUGCCCAGGCUCAGCGUCAGGCGACUCGCCGCGCACGGCAGCAUGUGGAAAACGAGAAAAUCGACCAUAGAAUACAAAACCGUGACGCUCUGAAGGGCGCCCUGUCCGAAAUCAGACGCAACCUCAAGGAUGCCCGGCAGGCGAGGAUGGAGGACUGGGAAAUGGGGCCCCUUGCGCCCAAACGAGACCUGGGAUUCAACAACUACGGCGUGCUCAAGGAGGCGGCGCGGUUUGACUGGACAAACAGUGGCCUGCAUCAGGCGAAACCGCAGCUUGUCGAGCAGCGGUGCGCCUGGGCUGGCGGCGUGCGACAGCUCAACCUCGUCCCUCAAGACCGGGUUCUCAUCAUGGACGGCCCCGACAAGGGCAAGAUCGAUCGUAUCAAGGAUGUCCAGGCAGAAAACGGGACCGUGACGCUGCAAAACUGCCACAGGGCCUUGUCGGAGGGCAUGUUCGGUGGAGGUCCUCGAUCGCAAUCCAUGCCCAUAGCCAUCAGCUCCAUCCGGCUCGUCUACCCCAUCACGAAUCCCGAGACGGGCGUCACCAAGGAUGCCGUCAUCAACCAGCUGAAGGCGGUGCCGCCCAACAUGCAAUCUCCCAACAUGUCCCUCGACCGCUGGCACUACGGCAAGAAAUGGGACCGGCUUGUGCCCGCACUCAACAUGGUCAUCCCGUGGCCCGAGGUCCAAGUCCCAGAGUAUGAAGCCGCAAAGGCAGACACGGUCCGCCAACAAGUGGAGGAGCGGACCUUUUACUACAACCUGCUGUCGCCGCCCAUGCCGGACCAGGUGCUGGAUGAGCUGCGCAACAAGUACUCGAGAUUCCGAACGCGCCACGAGCCCUGGUACAUCAAGCAGAAGGAAAUGGAAGAAGCUGCCAAGAAGGGACGCAUCGAGUCCGUCAAAUCCAUGCAGACGCCCCUCGACGAGUUCCACCAGAGACAGAGGGAGCUGCGGGAUGCCAAGGGAGAGCCAGAGCUUUCAGACGACAUGUUGGAGAAGAUUGGAGAGCACAUGGCCAAGAAGAAGGCGCUCGUGCUGGACCAAAUCGGUGCAUCGGAGGAUUCACGGCAACCAGCUGCUUAA